AGAGUACUCAGAGGAAACUGUGCUGAAGUCAGGGAGUGAGAAGUUCUUGUUAGUUAGUCAGAUAUUGGUCAAUGGAGCAGCUCAGGGCAGGAAGGGAAUGGUAGAUGCACUGUAUCUGUUAUCAGUCACAGUGAUAAACCUGCAGAUUCAGGACAUCAUAUUGUGCUUCUUAAUCAAAAAGGACAAUGCAAAUGGUUGAUCUCUUAGGACUGCUUCCAGCUUAAAAGGAAUCCCCUUAUGUACAACCCACUUGGACUGGCAUCAUUUUUCCCAGCUAUCCAUUGGAUCUUGUUGUACCAUUCACCUUUAAAAAAAGGAAAAUUGCCAAUAUCUUUGCAUACUCGGCUUAUUUCACCAUUAACUGCACUGGAAAAUCCCCUCCUUAGACUUUCAGCUUUGCUCCUGAAUCGACCAAAGGUUGCAUUUCAUGACAGAACUUUGAGGGGUUGUUGCUUUUUCUCUGCUCAGUUUUUGAACUGUGUGCCUCCUUCGCAGAGCCUGUCGGGGAGCAGUUUUACACCAGCACAAGUUGUGAGCUUGAUCAGGUGCCUGGGAGCUGACGGAGGAAGAGGAGCUGGAUGCAUGAGAAGGAUUCAUGGGCCUGAAGGACCAUCUGGAGGAUGGAACUGGCCACAUGCUCAGCCUAGGGCUGGAUCUGGACUAUCUCCAUUUGGAUGGUGCUGAGAGGCAGGGAGCCUCAAAUAUUCUGAAGGCUUCUGAAGUCUUGCAGGUCAGAGGUGAUGUCCAAAGCAGGAGCAGUUACAGUAUUGGUGGGAGCACGAAUAGCCUGAGUACAAAUCUGAGUUACAGCAGCAGCAGCAGUUGCAGUGUUUUUUCAGAGGAGAGUGCUCUUUCCGACAAUGAUGAAGAACAACAUCAGACCAGCUUUGAUUCUGGACCUGACAUCUCCCGCCAAGAUCAGCUUCACUCACCCCAAAACUCCUCCUUCCAGUGCAAACAAGUCAGGCUGGACCUGGCAACAAACCUGUCCACAGGAGAGCCACCACAGUCACAAGCAUUAGCUCCCUCUGACCUCAUUUCAGACUGUCGCACCAAGGUUGAGUUUGCUCUCAAGCUGGGCUACUCUGAGGAGCUGGUGCUGCUAGUCCUGAGGAAAUUGGGCCCAGAUGCACUUAUUAAUGACAUUCUGGGAGAGCUGGUCAAACUGGGAACCAAGACAGAGAUGGAACAUCAGAAAGGUCCAACUGUGUCUCAGUCUCCUUCCUCAUCUUUGUCAUCCUUGACUUCUAACUCUUCACUUGAAUCCUGUCGGCUGCAGUCCCCGUCGCCUCUGCUGGAAGACAAGGACAACUUUCGACCUGUUGUCAUAGAUGGCAGCAACGUAGCCAUGAGUCAUGGAAAUAAGGAGGUGUUCUCCUGCCAAGGGAUUCAGCUGGCUGUUGAUUGGUUCUUGGAGCGAGGUCACCGUGACAUCACAGUUUUUGUCCCAGCCUGGAGAAAGGAGCAGUCGCGUCCUGAUGCUCCCAUUACUGAUCAAGAGCUCCUGAGGCGACUAGAGAAAGAAAAGAUACUAGUUUUCACUCCGUCCCGCCGUGUGCAGGGACGACGUGUGGUCUGUUAUGAUGACAGAUUCAUUGUCAAACUGGCCUAUGAAUCGGAUGGCAUAAUUGUUUCUAAUGACAACUACCGAGACCUAGCCAAUGAGAAGACAGAGUGGAAGAAGUUUAUUGACGAGCGCCUGCUGAUGUACUCCUUUGUGAAUGACAAAUUCAUGCCUCCAGAUGAUCCACUUGGACGCCACGGACCAAGCCUGGAAAAUUUCCUAAGGAAGAGGCCAGUUGCUCCUGAACCUCGGAAACAGCCCUGUCCUUAUGGAAAGAAAUGCACAUAUGGCCAUAAGUGUAAAUUCUACCACCCAGAAAGAGGAAGUCAGCCCCAGCGCUCAGUGGCUGACGAGCUCCGUGCCAGUGCCAGAAUUUCAUCAGCAGCUUCCAGAGGCCUGAUGGAACAUGCCUUGAUGGGGAAGAGCCAAAGCAGGUGUCAACCAGAAGAGAUGCCUGAAGCUGAACCAGGACAUGGUAGUAAACUUCCAAACCAGAGUCCCAGGAGUGCACCUUGUGAGCUCACGGAGGACAAACUUCAAAUGUAUUCCAAACCAGAGGGGUUUAAGGGAAGCAGCAUCAAUCGGGGUCAUUCUUCAUUAGGACAUCUGGACAGGUGGCCGCAACUCGAGGAGAGUCACGGAGCUUAUGGUUCAAGUUUAGUUGACAGCUACAACAGAUGCAGUUCUCCAGUGGUGGGCUGCAGGUCUCUGGUAAAGGCCUAUUCAAGUCUCCGUCUCAUGGUGCCAGAGACCCCAGAAAGUAACUUACCAGCUGGUCUGCAAGCAAGUUCUCUUCCAUCUGACUGCAGCAGUGAUAACAGUAUUAGCUCAAAUUAUUUCCCCCCUGGCCCUAUGUCAGACAACUGCCCCAAAUGCCAACAUCAACUUCCUCACUACCAUCAUCACUAUGGUGGCCCAUAUGGCCAUGCAGCAAGUCGGGUGUCCUCUGGAAUGGGCCAGCAUUCCCCUUGUGGUUAUUCCGUUUCUCAAAGAUUGCAGAGAACGCAAGGGUCUGUCAUUGAGGAACUUCCUUGUUCAGUUAGCUCUCAUGCAUCUCCAUGCCGCCGCAAAACCACUUCAGCUAACAUCCUACCCCAGCAUCAACAUCCCCUGCUAAGCAACUAUCCAGGGGAACAACCACCUCAUCUACCUCAAACAUCAACUUCUCAUCCCCAUUCCCAGAACUCACCCUUCCGUCCUAAUGUGUUAACUUCGUGGGAAGGUGAACUCCAGGACUCGGCAAUAUACAAAGGAUCACCCCUUAAUACAAGAAAAAACUACUCUGGGGUAACCCGACAUCAUCAGGAUAAGACACAUUGGGAUUCUGACCACGAGCCAUCUAUGAAGCCUUGCUAUGAUCUGUUUUCCUACAAGAGCUUUCCCCCACUUCACGGCAAGGGUUGGCACUCUCCUUGGGGCCAGCAAUUCCCAUCGGCCCCACAUGGUGUCUCAGCUUCAAGUGUCCCACCAUCCCCACAGCAGUCCCUCAGAUCCAAUGCCACUCACAAGAGCCCCCCGCUGAACGAGCGCCACUACUCUGGGCAAUUUUCCUCGGGUCAGUAUCAGGACCUCAGAGAGAGGGUUUUUGUCAACCUAUGUGCCAUCUUCCCAACAGAUUUGGUGAGGAAGGUGAUGACCAAAAACCCUCACGUGACAGAUGCCCAGGAGCUUGCAGCUUCAAUUCUGCUAGAGAAAUUGCAGCAGGUUUCUUAAAAGCAGACUACAGGGGAAGUGCACACAAUUACUGCCCCUUUCAGGUUAAACCCAAUGAAGUCGUCUCAGUAUUGAAAGCCUACUUUAACUUUAGGGAAGUUAUUCCUUUUAUGGUAUUUUUGAAUACAAAAGUUUUAAAAUUAACAUAUCCUUGUCUAAAUAUGCCUUUUAUUUCAGCACUUAAGAUGAGGAAAGGUUGGGGUUAAAUUAUUUUAUUUUCUGAGAAUUGAUGGAUGGCUUAGAGGGACCAUUAAAGAGGGACACAGUUCUUCAUAUUUAUUUGUUACAUUUUAAGUUAUAUAGUUUUUUUAAAUUAAGUUUUUGGCACUUUCUGUAGUUGUGUUGAUUUUUUUCUUUUGUCUCGGCAUAUUUUAAAGGGGCAAUCAUAUCAGGGUAUAAAUUAAACUGUCCGUCUGUCAACAUAGCGUGUAUAAAAUAAUAUAUUUAUUUGUAUUCCUUUCCCCUACUUUACUUUCUUUAGAAAUGCAUUUGUGCAUUUUAUUGCAUUUCUGCUUUGGUUGGCUUAACUUGCUGAGCUAGUGUUUCAGUCUGCGCUGACAGGUGCCACAUCGGUUGUUGGGAGAUGUUGUGGAUUUCCCCCAAAGGGAAGUGAAACUCUAACAGCACCCACAAAAAAAGAUAGCAAAAACUCCACUUGAAAACCCCAAGCCGUUUUUCACCACUGAGAAAGCGUUAUUUCCUCUGCUCGGCUCACUUCCUAGUUCAUCAGGUUUUAACACAGAUUUUCUUACUCCCAAAAACCACAAAAUUCUCCCUCUUUUUUAUAUUAAAAGAGUAUAAAUCUGUUAAAUGAUAUUACAGUAAUGGGUGAAAAUGUUCACACUGAAUGACGUUUAUUUUAUUUUUUAUUGGAAAGGUGUUGAUUACAUGACUGUGUUGCGUAAAAUCCACAGUCUGUGGCAUCCACCACUACAGUUUAGUCUUCCUUAGAUGGGGAAUCAUUUCUAACCAUCUGACCAUUUUCAGUAUCUGUUAAUUGUACCUUGUGUAAAAUAACAUUCACAGAUCAUUUGACUAGACAAACAGCAACGUAAACAAAGUUAUGGUACAAAAAAAACUACCUCUUUCAGUCUUGUGUUUUUCACACCAUUACAUGAAAGUCAUCUUGUGUACCAGAGUGUAUUAUUAAUUAAAUUUAACCUUAAGGGAAAACCAUGCAAAAGAUUCAAUAAUUAGAUUGUUUUAAGUCAAAGAUGAAGUCAAAAUAAAGAAGCUCAGCUCAAAAACAAACCAAAGUACCCAUAAUCAAAAAUAAUCAUUUUAAAACCAUUUUUGGCAGCAAAGGAUUGAUGCAGUCAUUUCUGUAUGAUUGUACCAGUCUUGUUCAUUGUUGCGGAGGAACUUUGGCCCUCUCUUCUUAACGUUGCUCCAGUUUAUUGAAGUCUUCUUUUUCAUCCAUUCUGUUGCAGAUUUGCUAAUUUAUUUGACAAUUAUCUGUUUUUUCCCAGGCGCAUUUUUUUUUAAACUUUAGUGCAAAGAAAGUGUAAACAUGGUGGUAUCUUUUUUGUAUUUGUUCAAACUCUUGAAUCGAAAGAGGGGGUGCUUUUUCUUGUGCGAGACUGUUAACGGUAUAUUUGAGCUCUACACAAUGUUCUUGGAAACAGCUGGAAACUGUGAAGUUGGAAAAAAGAAAGUUGGACCAAAAAAGCUAUUUUGAUCAAAUUUGACUGCACCAUUCUCAAGGCAAAAAGGAUAAUAUUCUAUUUGUAAGUUGUUGUUUUUCCAAAUGUUUUUGUUGUUUUCAUGCCUGUGCAAAUUCUCAGUUAUCCGGGACAUCGCAACAGUAAACAGGCUUGAAACGGACUUGCGCUCAGUUUUUUUUUUUGUUUUUUUUUUUUCUGAAAACGUUUCAACACCUUUCCAAGAGUCUUUGUCAGUUCUGGUGCCACCAAGAUUUGCCGUUCUAUUUAUUUGAUUAUUUUUAUUAUUUAGUUAAUUACGUCAGUCUUCUUUGUUGGGCUCUUCAACUCUACUGUUGCAUCCAAAAUUAUACAUACACCUGGUAGAUUUCCAUUACAAAUUAACUAUGAAGAAGAUCGUCUUUGAUUAAAAAAGGAGGAAUCCAAAGAAAGUAAAGCAAUAUUAAAAGGGCUUAAAUUUUAAAUACAAAUUCUAUUGCUUAGAUUUUCUAGUUUUAUAUACAUUGUAUUCGCAAUGUCAUAUCAAGAUAUUUACACCCUUCUUAAUAAUCAGUUUAUCUGUUUAUUAUUAUCGGCAAUGUAUCAAAAGAAAUUAAUUGUUAUUGUGAUGAGCUCCAAGUCUUUGAGGUUGGGAGGAUUCCUAACCAUCACCCAAAUCCAAAACAUCCAAACUCCUUCUGCCAUUCAGAACAAUUGGUAAAACUAAAUGGCUAGUUUAAAUCUAAAUAUGCCAGGGGUUUAAAUAAUUUUGGGCUUAACAGCAUCAUGGUGUGAAAAAAAACACACGGAGUGGAACACAGAGUAUUCCGCGGAAUAUUGUUCAAAUUAGUUUCAAAUGCGACAUCCCAAUUAUUCAGCUUUAAUUUAUUACAACCGUUUCAAGAGUCACAUGUGCUUCCCUUAGUAGUUUGAUGUCCUUUUGAAGCAAUUUUUCAAUUUUGCUAGAGAUUCUUUAAUGUAACCGACUUAAACUGCAACUGUUAAAAGAAAUAGUCAAGUUUAUUUAUCCAGAAGUUGGGUCAUUUGAAUGCUGAGGAACUUUCUGGAGAAAAUUCAUGCCUAGAUGGCAUAAUUUAUAGUAGCAAGAAUAACCCUUCUUUGUUGAUACAAAUUGUAUCCUUAAACCUUUGAAACAAGGGCAUUGUUUUAUAUGAAAGUUAAACAAAAGGGUUUUGCGCUGAAUACUUUAGAUUGUGUGGCUAACUUUUGUCACCUUUGGUACCGAGGCUUUUAUUUGACAGGGAUUUGUAUUCCUUUUUGCAAGAUUGUGAUUGCGAAGAAAUGGAAACUGUCAAGUGUAUUUUUGGGAGAAGCAUUUGUUUGUGAACUCAAAUUGUAAUACAAUGUAGUUCAAAAUAAAGAACAUAUCUUUACCACUGGUUGGGAAGAGGCUGAGUUGGUCUGGGUGUAAGUAUUUUCCGAUAUGUACAUAAAGCUGGGGUAUUCUCACUAUUUAUGGGACAGUUACUUAGUCAGGGUAGAACAGGUAUGAAACCAAACAGUCUGUAAUAACCUGUGAAGUAAAUCAAUGACUAAAAGGUUAUCAGAGCAGCACAACAGGCUUUAAACAUUUAUUUUCCUUAAAUGUGCAACCUUAUUUGUUUUACUGCUGCCUGGAAUCUCUUGAGCAGGCAAAACCGCUCUCCUCCAUCACUGCUAUUUGUUCAACGGAAAGCUGAUUUCCCUCCUAACAAAUGUUUUUGUAUCCUGCUCACCUGGCACUGUGUGCUGUGUAAACUUAUCACGCCCUUAGGGAUGUUCUGUUCAUUUUUGCAUGUAAGAACAUUUCGUUUGUGUGAGAGCAAAGCAUUUUUUGUAUUGUCCUAAGGUUUUUUUGGAAACCAAUUUUUCCAACUGUAUUUUAUCUUAAGAGAUUUAGUAUGUUUGACUGAUGCUGAAUACAUAAUAGUUUUUAAAGAUUAGCCUACACCAAAACAACAUUACUUGACGCAAUGAUUCCAGAUUAAACUUGAAACAAAUAUCCAGUUUUCUGUUACUGGCUAACCAAGGUUGCUAUUGUUCGUAAGCUGCAUGCUAGCUUAUUUUUGGGAGACAUGAAAACAAACAAAUUUAAAACAAAUGUUUUGUGUGUUUUUUUUCUCGACUUUUUUGAUAGUUUUUUUUUUUACUUGAUAUGAAUUUCCAAAUAUCGUCCUUUUCCACCAAAUUAUUCAACACUUGUUAAGAUUUUCAUUUUUUUUUUUUAGAACAAAUGCAACAAGGCUGCAAGCUAACAUAACAAGUGUAUACAGUACACUGGGAUGUGCAUUUCAUUCCUGUUUCUUCAUGCUCAGGCUAACGGUGCUUAUAAUUUGCAAAAUGCAAAUUUGUCAUUCAGUUUUAUAAAUUUGCAAAUUGCUUCCUGAAUUUAAUGAACAGUAAUUAGUCAAACCCCUGUAGUCAAGAUGGAGACUUGACUACAGUCAAGUCUGAAUACAAAGUCAUAAUUACUAUCUGCAAAUUACAUUUUUAUAGUCUUGUCCAACACUAUAAUUUGGGAAAGGUGAUUUUUUUUUUUAGACAUUAUGUGGGACUACAAAAAGGUUGAAUGAUAUUAUCUGCUACCAGUUUUGUCACACCACCAUUUCUACCCUGCUGUAACACAACUUAAUUAGCGCAACAGUAACAGGGUUGCCAUUUUGGAGGCCCAAGCCAAAUAAACAUGUAGGUUCCAGCGUUUCUUUAUGCUCAGGCUAACGGUGCUUAUAUUAAACCAAAAGACAUUUUAAAUGGCAAUUCAAGAGUUUACCAUUGUUUCAAUACCAACUCUUCUGUCAGAUAUGAAGAGCUUUAAAGCAAAAGACGUUACAAUGCUGGGUCCUUAAACCCCAAAAGUUGUUUACUGCAUAUUUCAACAUGGAUUCUGGGGAAUUAGCUAAAUGAGGCAUUGUGACUGUUCUUGUAUGUGAUUUAACUAAGACUAAUAAAAGCUCUACUCAAACUUCAA